AGAGAGAAAGUGAGAGAGAGAGAGAAAGUGAGAGAGAGAGAGAAAGUGAGAGAGAGAGAGAAUGAGAGAGGAGUAGUCUUCAGUUUUAUUCUGCAGGGAUCUGUCCAGCAGCGCAGAGCAGUCGGAAACGCUGCAGCGGACCACAGACUUCUCGCCACAACACCACACAACACACACCACACACGCACACACAUACAACUAGAGGAAGAGAGAGGCAGAGGCGUAACCAGGAGAAGCAUCAUCAAGGAAGAGGAAAGCCACUCUUUUGUCUCCAUGGACACUCAACUUCCUUCGAGCAGUUCUUAGUCCUUGUAGCGCAGCAGCGGGCUCUUGCCAUCCUCUUAAUAAUUCAUCAGGUCAGUCUCUGAGCUUUGAGCCUGCAGCACUCACCAACUUUCCCCCUCUAACUUUCGCAGCAGCAGUCGGCUGUUUCAGCAACUCUUCUUUAAACGGUUGGCACAGAGGCAGAGGAAAACAGGUUCAGGCACUUUGUGAGCAUCUUGUGUGUGUUUGUGCACGUGUGAGUGAGUGUGUGUGGGGACAGUGGGUGAAAGGUGUGUGUGUGUGUGUGUUGUCUGGGCAUCCUGCUCAUCUCAUUCUUGGACUUGGAACCCAUUGUUAAAAGAGCAGCUCUUGUGAGACUGGACGAGCAAGAGGCGGUGUGAGAAGCAGUCUGGAGACCACGGAGAGGCUUGUAUGGGACGUACGUCUCGUCUGUGAGCACCGCUGGUGAAAGCAGUGUUUAGGCUGUUGUAGGGGCUGUCUGUGCACCCUUGGAUCCUCUCUCAUCAUGGCUGGCUGUACCAGCCGCUGCAGACAGGGGGUGCUAAAGCUCAUUCAGUCCCUUCAGAGGCUUGUCUCGGGAACCCUCAGCAAAGAUAAGAUAGAUGAUGAAUUAGAGAUGACAAUGGUCUGCCAUCGGCCGGAGGGUCUCGAGCAGCUCGAGGCGCAGACAAACUUCACCAAGCAAGAGCUACAAGUCCUUUACAGAGGCUUUAAAAAUGAGUGUCCAAGUGGAGUAGUGAAUGAGGAGACAUUUAAACACAUUUAUGCACAGUUUUUUCCACAUGGAGAUGCCAGCACAUAUGCACAUUAUCUCUUCAAUGCAUUUGACACCAGAAAUAAUGGAUCCAUAAAGUUUGAGGACUUUGUGAUGGGACUAUCUACUCUACUGCGGGGGACGGUCAGAGAGAAACUGGAAUGGACAUUUUAUCUCUAUGACAUUAACAGAGAUGGAUUAAUCAAUAAGGAGGAAAUGACAGAGAUAGUGAGGGCCAUCUAUGACAUGAUGGGGAAGUACACGUAUCCAGCUUUAAAAGGGGAUGUACCAAAGCAGCAUGUGGAUGCCUUCUUUAACAAAAUGGACAAAAACAAAGAUGGAGUUGUAACAUUGGAUGAGUUUGUGCUUGCCUGUCAGGAGGAUGAAAACAUGAUGAGAUCCAUGCAGCUCUUUGAAAAUGUGAUGUAGAGAAGCUCCACCAGAAGAAGAAAAGAACAAAACAGAGAGUGGGAAAUAGAACGCAAAAGGGAUUUUACAUUUAAAUAUAUAUUUGCUAUAUUUCACUGAACUGAGUUCUGGGGGAAUAUGAUGGCAUGAGAGCAAUGAGAGUCUGUGGGCUUUGUUGUCCUCUCUCUAUUCAAACCUUGUAAUAUAUUCAGUGUUGUUUCUUGCUGGUGUUUUGGGAAAUUGCCAGCCCAGAAUCCACUUUGAUCCAGCCACGGAAGACUACAUAUGUUUGGAAUGCAUUGUGUAUUUCCUGACAAGUGGUGAUGAUCAACAUCCGUCUUCCCUACGAAAAAAAAGAAAGCCACUCUCAAACGUUUUUCAUUUGCUUGACCCUAGAACUCAGGACUCUACAUUUGGUGUACUGGAACUGCAUCCAGGAGGAACUACAGCCUCCUUUGCUUGCUUUCUUUGCCAAAAAAGCUUGCAUGAGAAAAACCAGCAGAUGUGUUCGCUAUGAGUUGCUUGAAAAUAAUGCUGGCCUUCAAAAUAUCUAAUUUUAUGAUUUAAUUAUCUAUGACAUAGAGUUUAAAUGAUACUUAAUUUGAUGUCGAUUCUGUCUUGUGUUGUCAACGUUGUUUGUUAGUAAUUGCGGUUUCCAGUCCGCCCACUUAAUGUAUGUCUGUGUCAGUACUUACCAAGCCAUUUUUGCCCACCAGAUCAUAGUGAAUAAGGUGGGACAGAAGUUAAGUGUGUGCGUCCAAGUAUGAAAGUAAGUGAGGAGUAUUAAGGAAAACUACAAAAUCACAACUGUAUUCAAACCCAACAAAUGACAAUCUAGUCCCUGGUUACCCUUAUGUUCCCAGAUACCUCUGCAUAGUUUCAAGAAGGACAAGGCAGUGUUUGUAAGAGGGGGAAAAAAAAUCCAGAUAAAUCACACAAAAUAAAGAAAAAUAAUAAUUAUUUAUGGGUCAGGGUCAGCCGUAGGACAUAUAAGCUAUGUAUAUACUUGCAAGUAUGGUGCCACAUGAAGAAAUGUCCAAUGAGACAGAUACAAACUGUGAAAAUGAAGUAUUCUGUGCAAUUCAAAUCUCAAUCGAAACGGAUUAAAAACAUUUGUGGAAUAGCAUUCAGCUGUGUUUUCUUAUUUCACCGUUUAUACGCCAAAGACUGUUGGGUUGUUAUUAUUUUUUACCUAGGUGCCAGUAGAGUUGCUUUGCUAUAUAAACAACAGAAUAGAUCAGUGGUUCUCAACUAUAGUGGAUUAUGAGAAAAUAUGGAUGUGCCACGACAGCAAAUAAUAACCUGACUCACUAGUAUGUAAUAAUGUAUAGUAAGUGAAGCAACAUAAAUCAAGGGCAGUAUGUAUAAAGCCACUCAGAGUUAAAUAAGUUUCAAAAUUCUAAGAAUCACGUAAUUUUACUCGAAUUCCUAGACUUAAGAAUAAGAGUGAUUCAUAAAAGUUCCUAAGUGUUAAGUCUCAGCUCCUAAAUUAUUUAAGAGAGCUGGAGAGGUCUCCUAACCUAAUUAGGAGUAACAAGAUGGCAGCAAAGAGGAGACAAACACUUUCCAGUGAAAAUAUGACAUACUGGACUUAUAUGAUAAUAUGGAGUUGAUAAAACGAUACAAACUUGAUUGUCAAGAUCAAAAAGUAUUUUCUUUUUCUUUUUUUGUAACUGGCAAAGUAAGAAAUUUAAUAACCUCUUCCACUCAACAAGUCAAUACUCUAACUGCAGAAAUGAAAGUAGUAAUUACAUUUUUUUUUUUGGCUGGAAAAUUGGAAAAAUGCAGCAAUGCACCUGUGAUGACACUAAGCAGGGUCUUACAUAUUGUGGCACUAACCCCAUCAAACACAACAGUGGUCAUAAGUGAUGUGUGGAUUUUUUUUUUUUUUUUUUAUUAGAAUUUUUUUUAUGACCCCACAUUUCACUUAAACCAUUAAAAUACAAAGGACAAAAAACACUGACCAGUGUUGCCAACUCCUUUCAAUUGAAAGUAGCUAAAACUGGUCACUUAUUGUUGCUAGAUGACCUCAUAAAGGUCAGUUCAAUGAUCUAUAUUUAUAUUUAUUUAGAUCAGUGAACUUGCCUUCAUGACGUCAAGGAAGAGUCUCGGAAUGUAGAUAAGGUUUGUCCAAGAAAUUGAUUUUGUUGCUAGGCUUUUGAAAAAAAAAAAAAAUUCUAAAGGGGUGAGGAAGUCACUAAAUCUAGCAACAUUGGCAACACUGGCACAUCGACUACAACAUAAGUUAUUUACAUUUAAUUGGUCCUCUUGUUUUUGCAUGUGUUCAUAAUUUCUUUGUAUGACAGCAUGGCCAAAAAUUAUGACCGCACAAUUUGGCAUGUUUCAUAGCAUUAUUAUCACCAAUAAAACAACUGACUCUAAGCAACAAUGCAAUGUGCUUACAAAAUCUUGCACAUUAUUUUUUUUUUUUUAAUUAAGGGUGAAGAUCUCAACAAAUUAGAAUAUGGUGACAUGCCAAUAAGCUAAUCAACUCAAAACACCUGCAAAGUUUUCCUGAGCCUUCAAAAUGGUCUCUCAGUUUGGUUCACUAGGCUACACAAUCAUGGGGAAGACUGCUGAUCUGACAGUUGUCCAGAAGACAAUCAUUGACACCCUUCACAAGGAGGGUAAGCCACAAACAUUCAUUGCCAAAGAAGCUGGCUGUUCACAGAGUGCUGUAUCCAAGCAUGUUAACAGAAAGUUGAGUGGAAGGAAAAAAUUUGGAAGAAAAAGAUGCACAACCAACUGAGAGAACCGCAGCCUUAUGAGGACUGUCAAGCAAAAUCGAUUCAAGAAUUUGAGUGAACUUCACAAGGAAUGGACUGAGGCUGGGGUCAAGGCAUCAAGAGCCACCACACACAGACGUGUCAAGGAAUUUGGCUACAGUUGUCGUAUUAUUCUUGUUAAGCCACUCCUGAACCACAGACAAUGUCAGAGGUGUCUUACCUGGGCUAAGGAGAAGAAGAAGAACCGGACUGUUGCCCAGUGGUCCAAAGUCCUCUAUUUCAAAUGAGAGCAAGUUUUGUAUUUCAUUUGGAAACCAAGGUCCUAGAGUCUGGAGGAAGGGUGAAGAAGCUCAUAGCCCAAGUUGCUUGAAGUCCAGUGUUAAGUUUCCACGGUCUGUGAUGAUUUGGGGUGCAAUGUCAUCUGCUGCUGUUGGUCCAUUGUGUUUUUUUGAAAACCAAAGUCACUGCACCCGUUUACCAAGAAAUUUUGGAGCACUUCAUGCUUCCUUCUGCUGACCAGCUUUUUAAAGAUGCUGAUUUCAUUUUCCAGCAGGAUUUGGCACCUGCCCACACUAACAAAAGCACCAAAAGCUGGUUAAAUGACCAUGGUGUUGGUGUGCUUGACAGGCCAGGAAACUCACCAGACCUGAACCCCAUAGAGAAUCUAUAGGGUAUUGUCAAGAGGAAAAUGAGAAACAAGAGACCAAAAAAUGCAGAUGAGCUGAAGGCCACUGUCAAAGAAACCUGGGCUUCUAUACCACCUCAGCAGUGCCACAAACUGAUCACCUCCAUGCCACGCCAAUUGAGGCAGUAAUUGAAGCAAAAGGAGCCCCUACCAAGUACUGAGU